AUGUUCGGCACCUCGCGGCGAGCGAAAGGCCUCUUUACCGGCAUCGCUGUCGGCACCGUCGCGAGUGGUGCCAUGCUUGUUUCGUGCGCCAGCGCACGCGUGGAGGAACCACCGUUUGAUAUCAGGGCUCUCCGCAGCGACAUUGAGAACAUGAUCUCUGACAAACUGGAACUGGGACCUUCGCUGAUUCGCCUAGCAUGGCACGAGGCCGGCUCGUACGACUGCUUCAAGAAGGACGGCUCUCCGAACUCAGCGUCGAUGCGCUUCAAACCGGAGUGCAUGUACGCGGGUAACAAAGGUCUCGAAAUCCCUCGCAAGGCGCUGGAGCCUUUGAAGAAGAAGUACCCUCAAAUAUCUUACGCGGAUUUGUGGGUGCUCGCCGCCUACGUGGCCAUCGAGUACAUGGGUGGUCCCGAGAUUCCGUUUUCCUGGGGUCGGGUGGAUGCCAAGGACGGCUCUGUGUGUGGACCUGAUGGGCGCCUGCCGGACGCCUCAAAGAUGCAAGGUCACGUACGCGAAGUGUUCACGCGCCUCGGGUUCAAUGACCAGGAGGCAGUGGCGCUCAUCGGCGCGCACACAUGCGGUGAAUGCCACAUCAAGUUCUCCGGCUACGAUGGACCGUGGACGCACGACAAGAACGGUUUCGACAACUCUUUCUUUACCCAGCUUCUCGAGGAGGAUUGGGUCUUGAAUCCCAAGAUUGAGAAGCUGCAGCUGAUGGACCGCGCAACGACGAAGCUGAUGAUGCUUCCCACUGACGUUUCCCUCCUCCUCGAUCCCUCUUACCGCAAGUACGUGGAGCUGUACGCAAAGGACAACGACCGCUUCAACGCAGACUUUGCGAAGGCGUUCAAAAAGCUGACCGAGCUCGGCACCAAGAACCUUCACAAAGCACCCGCGUCGGGGAGCUAA